CAUCUAACGGACGAAUCCCCCCUCCCAGCCGUUUCCCCUCGUCGUCUCCACCUACGCGAGCGACUCGCUCGAGCUCUCUCGCCUCCCCGCUAUAACACGCGCCUCCCCUUUCCCCCCCACCACUCCUCUCCCUUUUCCCUCUCCCCCCUUCCUCGCUUCCCCCUUCGCGGCGCGCGCUUGCGUGGCUGGCUUGGCAGGUAUGGGUGACCUGGGAGGAGCCUGGCAUGAGGCGGCCGCGGCGGAGGAGGAGGAGGCACAGGCACCGGGCGGCGGCGUCGGGCCCGAGCCCGACCACCUGGUGGUCAUGGUCCACGGGAUCGUCGGGAGUGCAGCUGAUUGGAAGUUUGGAGCUGAGCAAUUUGAAAAGUUGCUGUCAGACAAAGUUAUAGUUCAUCGUAGCAAUCGCAACAUGUACAAGCUAACUUUAGAUGGCGUUGAUGUGAUGGGUGAGCGGUUGGCACAAGAGAUUGUUGAAGAAACCAACAAAAGACCACAGAUCAGAAAGAUCUCUUUUGUUGCACAUUCUGUUGGAGGAUUGGUUGCAAGAUAUGCUAUUGGAAGACUCUAUAGGCCACCUAAACAAACAUCCCAAAGUUCUCAGAAUCUGAACAACACUAAUAAGGGUACUAUACAUGGGCUUGAGGCAGUGAACUUCAUAACUGUUGCGUCACCGCAUCUUGGUUCUAGAGGAAACAAACAGGUUCCUUUCCUUUUUGGAUUUACUGCAAUAGAAACUUUUGCCAGCUACAUCAUUCAUUUGAUAUUCGGAAAAACUGGCAAGCAUCUAUUUCUUAUGGACAAUGAUGAUGGGAAGCCUCCAUUGUUGCUACGCAUGGUGGAUGAUUGGGGGGGCGUACAGUUCAUGUCUGCUCUGAAAGUAUUCAAACGAAGAGUUGCAUACUCCAAUGUUGGUCAUGAUCAUAUUGUUGGGUGGAGAACAUCAUCCAUCAGGCGAAAUUCUGAGCUACCGAAGUGGACUGAUUCAGGAAGCAAGAUUUACCCACAUAUUGUAUAUGAAGAACUAUCCAAAGCAGAAACAAUGAAUCAAUGUACUGAUGUUGCCGAUGUGGACAGCUGCAUGUUAGAAGAACGGCUUUUAAGAGGUCUGAAGCUUGUGUCGUGGGAAAAGGUGGAUGUCAGCUUCCACAACAGCAAAGUAAGAUCUGCAGCACAUAGUGUGAUUCAGGUCAAAGAUCCCGUUAUGCAUAGCGAAGGUGCCGAUGUCAUAAACCAUAUGAUCGACCAUUUCGUCCUAUAGUAAAACAGCUCCGAUAUCUAGAAGCAAGCUUGAGCGAGGAACGUCAGUUGCUAACUGCUGAUUUGCCGAGCCUGGUGAGCAAGUUUAUCGCAAAAUCCAGGUUUCGGUUGUGUGAUAAAUGGCACUAAAAAGGAGAAACUGAUAGGCAAGUACAUAUAUACAGGAGAAAUAGAAAACUCGCUGCAGAUGCCUCGUCAUUCAUUAUGUAUUAUGAUCAUGUUCGUUGUUCGUUGUAACUGGAAUAUAACCGGUAUGUCAUUGUAAAUGUUCAUCAUUGAUUUAUUUAAAUCUUGAGUGUUGACGCCGCC